GACUGUAGCAAAGGUGCCAAAAGAAGGCUGCCAACACAUAAUUUUACGAAAUCUUUGUAGCAUACGUAUCUUUGCCUAAAUGCAAGUGAGAUUGUGUCAUGUGUAUGGUGUUACUGGUGCGGUGGAAAACGUAUUAGUGGUUGUGGGUGGUUGGGUGUGUGAAAUGUGGGAAGUUCGAUGAAACAUGAGAGACAAAAACGCGUAGAACGGUGUCCGAUGAUCUAGGAAAGUGGUUUCAAAAUGGCCACAAACACAAAUGCAACAGCAGAACAAAGCGAAGUUACGAUGACAAAGUCGCCGCACAAUCGCCAAGAACAGACACCAAAUUUUGAGCCACUUGAUAAAUCAUCGAGUAACACUUUGAAGAAUGUGCAGUCCCUGAUGGAAAGCUCACCCAGUACACUUGUGGCAAGAAAUCCAAAGAUGGAACUCAGCAAGACUGAUCUUCUCAAACUUCUUAGUUAUUUAGAAGGCGAACUUCAAGCACGAGAUAUUGUCAUCGCUACCUUGAAGUCUGAGAAAUUGAAGCAGCUCUUAAAUCAGGGGCGAUACAGAGUGAUGCCUGCUAAUGAUCCAAUAGCAGCUCUACAGCGAGAUAGCUUUGCAGCAGCAGAACCUAGAGUUGAUGAGGCAGAAAUUCGGGCCAUUGCAAACCAGCAAAUGGCAACAUUGGACAACUUGAUUUUACAACAUCGUCGAGCUCAGAUAAAACUUGGUCGUAUUUUGAAAGAAGCAGAGGAGAGGCAUCGCAAGGUAGUUCAAGAACUAGAUGAAGAAAAGAGAAAACAUGAACAUGAUACAGCUCAGGGUGAUGAUAUUACAUAUGGGUUGGAAAAGGAACGUAUGAGACUGAAACAGGAAUUGGAGUUAGAAAAGCAAAUGAAAAAGAAACUCGAGAAAGACCUAAAGAAAUCAAAUGAUACAUUGGAAGAAGAAAGAUCUCGACAAAAACAAAUAGUACUUUUAUUGCUUGCAGAAAGAAAAAGAUUAAUCAUGAAGUACAUAGAAGAAAGAAAACGGUCGGAAGAUCUAGCUCAGAUCCUUGCUGAGGAGAAGGGACGCAUCGAUUCAAUGGCUGAAGGACUUGAGGAAGAAAGUAAGAAAUCAUUACAGAUGGAGGCAGAACUGGAGAAGCAGCUUGCGCAGUUUGAUACAGAGCGACAACAGUUGAAAGCUGCGGUAGCCAAAGAAGAGAAGAAGAGCAAAGAACUGCAAGCAGAACUGGAGAGAGCUCAAGGAGAACUAGACAGUCUGCGAAAGCAGCUAGCGGAAGCUCAUCAAGUUGCCAUGUUUCAAGCUGGUGCAAGCCCCCCACGAAUGGUUCUACCAGCUCGUCCUGUGCUGACUACAUCACCACCACAACCACCAGCAAAACCUGUGGUUAUACUACCACAGACUGCACCAAGACCUCAGCCUCCAUCUGUUGGGCCGCUGACACCACCAAAAGUAGGCACGUGGACUGUAAGUGAUGGAAGUGUAUCACCACCACCCCCUUCACAGUCUGCACAACCUCCUGCUGCAGGGACUCCAAUGAUGAGUAGUGUUGCCAAAGUUGUACAACCUACUGCCACUGUGUCCAGUGUACCUGUGUGUGGGCCAACAACAGGCAUUGCUCGCUCUGUUUCACCAGGACAAGGUUUAAGGACAGCCCCUUUUUCUGCAACUGCAACAUCUGAUGCAAGAUCUGCACCACCAUCAGGAAACUGGAUGGCCACGACUGCUGAACAACUUGUGACACAGGACAAACGUGCACAGGUAGUGCAAGUAACACCACGUGUCAGUCUGACGACAUCACCAAGCUCCAAGGUGUUUGCAUCUCAGGGUAACAAAGUAAUGUUUCAUGUGACAUCUAGUACUGCUGUUCAGCCGGAGACUCAAACUCCUCCCAAAAAAGUAGCUGCCCCCAGCAGGGGUGUUCCCCCUCCUGUACCUCCAAAUAAACCUAUAGUGCCACCAAAGAAAGAAGCUGUUGUAAGACGAUCUGAGCCCUCAUCCAACACUUCUGAAGCUGUGGACGGAAAGAAGAAAUAUGCAGUUGCCAAAGAAAAAGUGCAGGAAGGUGAAGUGCAUGAGAAUAGGAGAGAACCACAGUCGUGAUGCUGACUGGGACGUGUAGAAGUGGAGGAUAUUGAGCAUUUUUAAAUGUCCCGAUGACAUAGCUGCAAGAAUUGUUCAUUAUUCUGGCUACUAAUCUGUGUGAGAGAACAGCACUGCUGUUUUUAUGUGCAGUGAAAUGCUAAAAUAAAACAGUAUGCGUUUCACUUUUCUUGGACUGAGACACAUCAGAACAACGUGUGAUUGGAAUAUCCCCAGCUACUUUAUAUGUGCAUGUAACAUCCACUAUAUUCCAGCCCAAAAAACAAAGAAAAGAAAAAAAAAAGAGAAUAUAACCAUGUAUUUAUGCACAGUUGGGUAGGCUUAUAGCUAUGUCCAUCUUCAUGAAACAUUAGAACUUAAUCAAGACUCCUCAGAAAGAAACACAGUGCCCGUUAUUGAGUGCAUGUACUUUAACUCUUACAUAAUGCCAUCUCUUAGUGUGCAGUUUCCAAGUAGUGAAGGGUGUUGAUGGACAAAAAUAGUUCAACUGCAGUAAAAGUCUAUUCACAAUAAUAAUUUAUAUUGGAAAUGAAAUAGCCACCAAAUCUGACUGUGGUAUAAAGCCUUCAGUACUAGUGGGUCACACACUGGUCUUGUGUGAAGGUUCUGUAAUAAUACAAUAUGUAAAUAUGAAUAGCUUUACUGUAUGUUGGGCUUGAAACUGAAGUAUUCUUCCUUAAAAUUUGUUUGGUAUUAGUGGCUACAUGAAAUAGUCAAAAGUGUAAUGCAUCCACUGCGAGGUUUAUGAACUGUGUAGAACUAAACAGCCUCCUUCCCAAUGUCAUUCCAAGGUACAAAGGCAGACAUUUUAUUAUUUUUAGAAAAGUUAGGCAGAAGAUUACAGUAAUAAAUGAUAUUCCUCAUAGGCAAUGAUCAUUUAUGUGCAUUGUAUGUCACUAAUUAUGAACAAAUAUCAUGAUACUCUUAACUCUUUAUGGAUGUAUACGUGUGUCUGCAAGGAGGUGUUUCGUGGCUUUUUUUUCUUUUUUUGUGUUAAUAUUAGCAUUCAUCUGAGUUAUCUUGCAUCCUUUGGUAUCAUAAAAAUACAUUUUGUGUACAUUAUUAUCCAUAUUCUAACCCUGUGCUCUAUAAGCAACUCACAGUAUAUUACAUCCUUUGGUAUUAUAGAAAUAAAUUUUGUAUAUUUUAUCAUCCAUAUUUUAACCUCUUGCUGGACAAGCAAGCCAUAGCAUAACUGAUAACUGUCUGGUUAAACAACAAUGCUUUGAAGGUCCAUAUAGUGGCAAACUCACAGUAUACACAAAGAGACUUGAUCUGUUACAAACAUUCCUGAAAUUGUUUUUCUUAUGUAUUUUGCCACUUUGAAUAUUCUUUCUACAGUUGAAGCUGUACAUGUGAAAAAACACAUGAAGAAAAAGAAUAAACAGUAGUAUAAAAUGUAUACUGUUUUGAUUAAUUGAUCUCAAAAUUAUUUUUAACCAUAGUGAAAUAAAGUACAAACAUGAAUACUGGGAGAACAUUUCAUGUCAUCUCACUUUAUAAAGAAUAGAAUGGUUACAAUGACUGGUGAAAUAUUCUCAUACUUCUAAAUCUGCUAAUUAUUUCUCUGUGAAAUAGCAAUAAACAACACAGGUGCAUUGUAAUGUCCUUAAGCUUUGUAAUAUAUGCCUGUACAAUGUAGUGAUAAGGUUUUAAGUCCAAGGCUAAGACUAAUAUAGUCAUCUGCUGAUCCAACUGUUUAGCAUACAAGACUAGUGAAAUUUUCACCUUAUACAUUAUAGUACUUGUGUGUAUAUAGAAUGAGACAAUGGAAAAGGGAAACCAGUCAUUGUGCAAUGUUGACUCUUUGGAGAAUGGUUUUUGGAAUAUCUGUGUACAUGACCACUGUGUAGUGGUUGAGGUACGUGUUUGUUUGAUCCUUCAACCUUUUUUGCCAGAUAAUGUAGAAACAUUGAAAAUACAUAACUUUUGUCAGUUU